AUACUGAGAGGCUCCUGGACAGAGAAGCAAUCUUUGUCCAAGAGAAGGAAAGUCUGCUCAGGGGUCAACGGUUGCCAUCGUAUAUCUGUAUAUUGGAUGCAGUCACGUAAUAUCCUGCAGUUAAUAUUAACCUGAGCACUAUCUCUAUCAGAGUCACGAAGGGAGAGCUUCAUAGCAGGCAGCAUUUUGUGAUUUUUGUUUUGCCAAAGCUAGCAGAGUGUUGCAAUCUGCAGAGAUGACAGCCAUGAAGUUUCAGGCACACCAAACUCUCUUCUUUCUGUUGUCUGUUUUAUUUAUGCAUGUUGCUGCAGAACUGUAUGCACCUGAUGUCCACACAAAGCUUGGGAGCCUGAGAGGUGAGUAUGUGAGUGUAAAGGGGAAAGAGAUUGGAGUCCAUGCCUACCUGGGUGUCCCAUUUGCUAAGCCGCCUGUAGGCCCUGCUCUGAGACUGGCUGCACCUCAGCCUGUAGAGGGAUGGGAAGGAGUGAGAGACGCCACUCAGCAGCCGCCCAUGUGUAUUCAAAGUAAGCACUUUGUCAUAGAUCUGCUUGAUCAACUCGGUGGCAUGUUGGCAGUUGUCCCAGAUGUUUCAGAAGAUUGUCUUUACCUCAACAUUUACACUCCUGCAACUAGAGCUCAUGAUGCCAAACUCCCAGUCAUGGUUUGGAUCCAUGGUGGUGGGUUAACUUGGGGGUCAGCUUCAAUGUAUGAUGGCUCAGCCUUGGCUGCUUACCAGGACGUGGUUGUAGUUCUAAUCCAGUACCGCUUGGGACUUCUGGGCUUUCUCAGCACAGGAGAUGAGCACAUGUCAGGGAACUUUGGCCUGCUGGACCAGGUACAAGCAUUGAGGUGGAUCCAGCAGCACAUUCACAACUUUGGAGGAGACCCAACUUCAGUCACUGUAUUUGGGGAGUCUGCAGGUGGAGUGAGCGUGUCCCUCCUGCUUCUUUCACCAUUGUCUGAUGGCCUGUUCCACCAAGCCAUUGCAGAGAGUGGCACUGCUGCAAUGGAUAUGAUCAUAAUAAAUGAUCCUCUACCAACAACGCAGGUCGUGGCAAAUGCAUCUGGAUGUAGCAUUGCAAGCAUACAGAAGAUUGCUGAUUGUAUGAGAAACCUUGAUAUUGAUACUAUUAUGACUAUUGUGCAGGAAGAAAAACUACGAUUUACUGUAACUGUUGAUGGACACUUUCUGACAAGACCCGUGGAUGAACUGUUCCAAAAACAUGAACUUCUUACUGUACCGUUCAUGACUGGUGUUAAUAAUGAUGAAGGGGGCUGGUUUUUCUCCAAUGCCUUUGCUCCUCCAAAUUGGACAGAGGGAAUCGAUCAGGAGCAUGUUGUGAACAUACUGUCCUUAUUCUUCCCUGAUCUCAAAGAUGCAACCGUCAGAGAUCUGAUGUUAGAUGAAUAUAUUGGAACUGGUGAAGAUCGUGUGAAAAAUAGAGAUGGCUUUACUGAGAUGAUUGGAGACAUGGUGUUCAACAUUCCAGCUAUUAAGACUGCAAAUGCUCAUAGAGAUGCAGGCGCUCCUGUUUACCUGUAUGAGUACCAGCAUCCUCCCAAAUUCUUGCAAGCAAAAAGGCCGAGCUUUGUUGGGAGUGACCAUUUAGAUGAAAUCUUUACAGUAUUAGGACUUUGCUUCACUACCACUCAUGUCAAAUUAACAGAUGCAUGUCCAGAAGAGGAGGAACAGUUGAGCAGAACCAUGAUGAGUUACUGGGGCAACUUUGCUCGCGCAGGGUCUCCUAAUGGGCACGGCCUUGUCCACUGGCCAAAGUAUGGAGUAGAUGAAGAAUACCUGGCAAUUGAUAUAAAGGAGCAGGUAAUUGGUCAGCACCUUAAGAGGGAUCGCUUUGUCUUCAUGACUCAGACCCUCCCAGAGAAGAUCCAACAGCGUGAAGAGAAGAUGGAUCACAAUGAGCUGUAGAGCAUUCACCGCUCAUCUUUCUCUGUUCCAUCAACAUUUUUUUCAUUCCUACAUUAAAGAAUAAGUUCACAUUUAUUCUAAUAUAUGUUAAAACAAGAGUCAGGUGCCCACAUGAACAUUGAAACAUGUUUGACCUAAUUUACAUAACUGUUCCUCCCGUUUAUACUUACCGUGAGAAGAUCAGUUUCUAACAUGCUUUUAAUGGGGGGACCAACAGCACUUUACUUCUUCUGUGCUAAAAUGUAUUUAGAAGUGUAAUAGAAGCUAAUAUGAGGCUUCAGCCCUUUAGUCAAAUCAAGUGGAUAUCAUACAGUUCAUUUUUUAGCACAAAGUUUUUGAUGCAAUCCUUCCACUGCAACUCAGCAAGGAAAUGCUGUCCAGGGAAAUACAAAGAAGAUAUCAAAAAAGACUGUGGAAAGCAUCCACGUGAUUUUUGUUAUCUGGAUAGUAAAGAGGAAUGUGGAUUUUGGCUUCCAUCGCUUACAUUGACAGCGCAUUAGGAUGCGAUCCUCAAAUGAACCAUAUGGGCAGGAGGAAUGAUUACAGCAACUCAAAACUCUUGUUCAUCUGGCUAUUGUUUUAAGAUGGAAUUAGAUUAAAUUUAACUGAGUGAUUGUAAUUUCCACCUUUAUAACUAAUUAAAGCUCAUUAGAAAUUUG